AUGUAUAUUGAACAAUUACAAGGCAAAGUCAGUGAACUUUUACAUGAAAAUAAACUUUUACAAACUCAAUAUGAUGAACGUAAAAUUCAUAUACAAUAUCUUGAAUCAAAAUUACAUCAAUCUGAUUCGAAUUUAACUUUAAUUCUUGAUGAAAAUACAUCUCUUAAACAACGUCUUCAAUCUUAUGAAAAUACUGAACAAACAAUUCGUGAUAUGGUUAUUAAAUAUACAACAAAUCCUCAAUAUGAUGAUUUAUUUAAAACAAUAAAUAAAACUCUUGCUAUAUAUGAACAACGUCUUGGUUAUAUAAAUAAACGUUUUCUUGUUCUUCAAACAUUGUUUAAUCGUCAAUUAUUAUCUUUAUCAUCAAAACAUCGUGUUAAUAUUGCUAUACAAACAGAAGAUGAACAAUAUAUUGAUUUAUCAUUACUUGAACGUGAAUUAAAAACUGUUUCUAAUGAACGUGAUUUACUUGCAUAUAAACUUGAUCAAGAAUAUGAACAAUCAAAACAACGUCUUGAACAAAUCGAACAAAAAUAUAAACAAGAAUUUGUAGUUAGCAAUGAAAAAUUAGCAAUGAUGCAAUUAAUUUUAGAAGAACAUAGAAAUAAAAUUCAAUUAUAUGAAACAACUUUAAUUGAAAAAGAUAAACAAUUAAAAGAAUUAACAGAAAAAUGGACACAUGAACAACAAAAACAAACAGAAAAUAUUGAUAUAUUAAAACGAGACUUUCAAGAACGAGAAGAAACAUUAUUAAAUGAAAAAGAUAAUGUAGAAAAACAAUUAAACGAAGCAAAACGUGAACAAGCUAAAUUAGCAGCUAAUUGCAGACAAAUUGAACGAACAACAACUCGUGAAAAAGAACGUUGGCAACGUCAAAUAGCUGAUGCACAAUCACGAUCGGAUACUGAAUUAGAUAAACUUACAAAACGUAUAAUGACACUUGAACGUGAACGUAAUUUACUUAUGAAAACAAUUCAUCAAGAAAAAUCUUAUUCACCACAAAUAUUACCAUCAGAAGAUAAUGAUCUUCAAUAUCUUGUUUCAGAAAUUCGACAAUUAGCGAGUCGAGCUUUAGAUGAAUCAAGUGAUGAAGAAAAUAUGAAUAAAAUAUCAUAA